GGCAAAUGUCUUCGCAGAUGACGCUGGGAAAAACUCAUCUUUCGCCUCUUUCUCCUCCUCGCAGAACCAGUUUACCCAAAAACGAACAUAAGUUUUGCGUCGAAACUCUCAGAAAAAGAAGAAGCAUAUCAAAUCACGAUACAUAAAGAAAUGAACCGCAACAAUACGUCUCCCGAGUCCGCCGGAACCCGCAAAGCAGUCGAUUCAGCAGCCGGGGUCACUGGCCAAACAGCGCAGACGGCAGGCCAAACUGCCGAAGCGGGCGUUGGAGUCGUGCCAGCACUUGUGGGCACGGUUGGUGAUGUCGCAGGAACCUUAGUCGGCGGAGUUGCAGACGUUACCGGCGCCACUCUUGGUGCGGUAUCUGGUGGUGUGGGCUCCACGUUGGGUGCCACGAAGAAUCUUGUGGGGUCCCUGGGGCUCGGGAGCAAAAGUGAGGAAGGAAAGAAGCAGUGAGAAGAUCUGACAAUGAACCGUUGUUUGGUGUGCAGCUUUGCUAUAUUUGCAUAACCUGUUUGUUUUCGAGUCAAUACAUUUGUGUAUGAUAUGUAAAUAAAUUCGUCGAGGGCGCAAUCACAAACAUCUUUUCUAAAA